GCCCACUGAAGGCAAGCAAGAUCUAUGUCAAAGUCAUACUGUUUUAACCAACUGAGUGCAGUUUUUGAUGAGGUAUUUGUUAAUUUGCAGAAUUCUCUAGUAAGACCGCGGGUAUCUGGCUUCAUUUCGAGAUUAAACCGAAAACGCAAACCCUGUAAGGUAGAAUGAAGAGAGACAAAAAUUCGAUUUUACACUACAAAACAAAAAAGAGAGCAAUCUUUUUGUUAACAAAGCUGCGAAUGAAAUUGUCAGGUUACCAAAGUUGAUCUUUGUGAACGUAAGUGAUGAAACCGACCUUUGUCCGAUGUCCACUCCAGGCAGAAGAAUAUACGAAACGAAGGCACAGCUCUUUGAUGAGAAUAAGAAAUAAAUUAAGAAUAAAAACGCAAUCUGAACCGUUUUCGUAUCCUUUCUUGGUAAAAGUUAGUUUUGUUUACCUUUUUCAUCGCUAAUUAUCCUUGCACCUCUCUAAAUACUCUUAGACCCUACCCUAAUGAAAGCUCAACAGUCACGGUUUGAAAACAGCACAACACAACUUUUUGCUAGUACGCAGAAGUCGGGUUUCUCUUAAACACCACAAAAAACAACAACAAAAUGGGACGUGUUAUUAGAGCACAAAGAAAGAGCGGAGGUAUCUUCCAAGCUCACACUCGUCUUCGUAAGGGUGCUGCUCAGCUUCGUACUUUGGACUUUGCUGAGCGUCACGGCUACAUUCGUGGUGUUGUCCAAAAAAUCAUUCACGACCCUGGUCGUGGUGCUCCUUUGGCUAGAGUUGCUUUCCGCAACCCUUACCACUACCGUACUGAUGUCGAGACCUUCGUUGCUACUGAAGGUAUGUACACUGGUCAAUUCAUCUACUGUGGUAAGAACGCUGCUUUAACCGUUGGUAACGUUUUGCCCGUCGGUGAGAUGCCUGAAGGUACCAUUGCCUCCAACGUCGAAGAAAAGUCUGGUGACCGUGGUGCUUUGGGUCGUUCCUCUGGUAACUAUGUCAUCAUUGUUGGCCACGACGUUGACACUGGCAAGACCCGUGUCAAGUUGCCCUCUGGUUCUAAGAAGGUUGUCCCUUCUGCCGCUCGUGGUGUCGUCGGUAUCAUUGCCGGUGGUGGUCGUGUCGACAAGCCCUUGCUUAAGGCCGGUCGUGCUUAUCACAAGUACAAGGUCAAGCGCAACUGCUGGCCCAAGACUCGUGGUGUUGCUAUGAACCCCGUCGAUCACCCUCAUGGUGGUGGUAACCAUCAACACGUUGGUCACUCUACCACUGUUCCCCGUGGAUCCGUUCCUGGUCAAAAGGCUGGUCUUAUUGCUGCCCGCAGAACUGGUCUCUUGCGUGGUGCUGCUGCUGUCGAGAACUAAGUUCUUCACCUCUUUUGUACUUUAUUUUAUUCCUAGGGUCUUUUCUAGUUCCAUAGUCUUUCUCCAACCCAAGUCCGUAGCAAUAUCUAUUCCUUUCAACAUACUCUUUUUAUGUUGACAUACUUA